GUCCGUCAGCACAUCGUGUUAACGUGUUACAGCUACGUACAUUCCUCCUAUUUACGGCGUGUUUCUGCUCGUUCACAUUGAUUAAUCAAAAUGGUGAAGGCAUGUGUGGCGGUUGGUUGCACUAACAGAGAAGAUAAACGGAGAGACUUGAAAUUCUACCGAAUUCCGAGAGAACCGGAGAGGAGAGCGAGAUGGACAGCUGCAAUUCGACGGGAAAACUGGGCACCAAACCAUCACCACAGACUAUGUAGUAGUCAUUUUAUAUCUGGGAAAAAAAAUGACAACCCACGGAGUCCAGACUAUGUACCUUCAAUAUUUUCAUACAAGAAAUCCUCUGUCAAACGAGCAAGGAAAGAGAUGGCAGAGAAAUCUGCAAGUCGGCAAAAAUCAAAGACAAAAAGACAGGAAAAUUUCCGUCGUAACAAUGCAGUGGAUGCAUUGUUGGAUCUUUCGAAAAAGUGUUGUCGUGAACAGAGUGUGUGUCAGGAUGUAGAGGUGGCUGUUGAAGCUGGCCCCAAUGUCAAUGCCCCUGUUGAUAUGGGGACCCAAACGAGUUGUACUAUGGAUGACAUUGCAUCACUUGAGAAGGAAUGCCGGAGGUUAAGGACUGAAAAUCUUGAACUGAAAAGAAAGCUGAGUGAAAGUAGCUUUGAUGAAUCUGGCUUUACCAAUGAAAAUUCUGCGAAGGUGACCAACUUCACUGGACUUCCCUGUCUGGCAGUGCUCAUGGCAAUAUUUGAGCUGGUGAAACCACACAUGACUGAAAGAAGAGUGUCAAAAUUCCAGCAGGUCAUCAUCUGCCUACUGAAGAUGAAGUUCUUCAUUAACAAUGAUUUUUUGGCCUGUUUAUUUAAGCUGAGCAGUUCGACUGUUUCUCGGAUUUUCCUGGAUAAUAUUGAACUUCUUUAUAAGUAUGCUGUACCUGCUCUUGUGUUCUGGCCUGAUGGGGAUAUUAUUCGGCAAUCUUUACCUGCAUGUUUUUAUGGAGAAUUUAAGAAUUGUACGUCAAUAAUAGAUUGUGUUGAAUUUUUCAUUGCCAUACCCAGUGACCUGCAAACUCAAGCUCAAACCUACUCUCAGUACAAAUCCCAUAACACUAUAAAAUUCCUAAUCAGUAUUACACCUCAAGGGCAUAUAUCUUUCAUUUCAAAAGGGUGGGGGGGCAGAACAUCAGAUAAAUAUGUCACUGACCAUUCAGGUUACCUGGAUAAGCUCAAGAGAGGUGACGUUGUGCUUGCAGAUCGUGAUUUUGAUGUUGCCAAUUCAAUUGCCCUUCGACAUGCUACAUUACACAUUCCUAGAAGUAAAUCUCAGCUGGAUACCAUGGAUGUUUCAGAAACAAGAAAAAUUGCUAAUGUCAGGAUACAUGUAGAAAGAGUUCUAGAAAUGGUUCGAAAAAAAAUGUCUGUUCUAAAUUCAGUAGUUCCCUUCACUAUGAUUCAAUCAGCCAAUGAUGAAACAACAUGUCUCGAUAAAAUUGUUGCAAUUGCUUGUGCACUUUGCAAUGCCUGCCCUCCCAUUGUUCCGUCCGACUGAUUUAUAACAUUACUGUGGAAAUGAAAUUGAUAAAAAAAAGAUUAAAGGAUUUCUUACAAUGGUA